AUAAGUAGAAACCUUAUCCCGUAGUAGAUAAUAAGUGAUUAAUUUCAAAUUGUCCAUAGAAAAUAUAAACACAUUAUAGCCGACAAACUGUUUGGUGUAUAAAAAAAUAUUAAUUAAUAAUUAAAAAUUUUAUUAUUAUAAAAAUUUCAUUCCAAAUGGGAAACGUGAAAAAUUUGGAAGCAGAGUUUGAAGAAAUCUUCAAUUUAGCUCAAUUAUCUUCCGGUAGCCACCAAAAAUCAGCUGAAAAAAUCAAAUCCUUUCUCAACCUGGUGGACGUGGACACAUUAUUCGAAACAUUUAAAACAUAUGUAAUACCUAUUCUUCUGGUUGAGUCAAAACUAAAAUGCCCUUAUGUUGAGAGAUUAAUAGAAUUCAUAGCCUUUACUUGUUACACCCUGAAGCAAACAUUGAAUACAGUGGAAGAUACCGAUGAUGAAAUAGCUGAGCAUCCGCUUGUUGAAAAAAUUUUUUCCUUUUUAUUAGAGAUACAACAUGUUUCAAACUACAAUGUAAGAUAUAGAACUUGCCAAUUAAUCAAUAAGAUUUUGGAUUACCUGGUUGAUUUGGAACUCAGUAUAGAAUUCUGUGAUAAUAUAGAAAAAGCUAUGCUAGAAAGAUUAAAUGAUCCCAAACUAGAAGUCCGUUUAGAAGGUAUUUUAGCACUUCAUAGAUUUCAGGAAAUAGAGAAUCCUUUAGACAAAAUAAUAGAUACCUUCAAGACAUUAAUAGAACAUGAUAGACUUGCAAAGAUUAGACGCCUUUGUGUGUCGAAGAUAGCACUGAGAGAAGAUGUUAUACCUCUUAUUUUAAGUAAAUUGAGAGAUGUUGAUACUGGGGUGAGACUUGCAGCAUUCACCAGAUUGAGUAAAGUUCCUCGCUCACUAAAGAUAGAGCAAAGGAGACUAGUCUUAUUAGCAGCCAGUUUAGAUUCAUCAGACAAAAUAAAAUCAUAUAUAGAGUCCACAAUGCUUCCCGCUUGGAUGAUGCAUUUUGAAGAUAAUUUUCACAUUUUUAUGAAAGCUAUUCGUUUAGAUGCAAAUGAAAGUGAUGUUAAAGGAACAAAUAAUUUGUCUGAAUUUAUCUUGAAAUCUCUUUUCAAAUCAAAACCAUUAGAUACGCUGAUAAAAACUGUAGGUAACAAUGAAAAUAGAUUAAUUCCAUAUGAUAAUCUGAAUUGGGAAAGCUCUAAUUAUUGGAGGAUAUUAGUGCAACAUAUCAAAUCUAAUCUGAAUUUAGAAGAUCGACUUGAAGAAAUUUUGCCAGAGCUUGUUCAUUUCUGCAGCUAUAUUGAAGGAUUCUACAAUAACUUCCCUGAGGAAAAAACAAUCACAGAUUUCCUUGAAAAUCAGUUCAUUCUAAAACAGCUUUUCACUAUAGCAUUAGAAUAUGACCUUUCUGAUCCCAGUGGUAGGAAUGCUCUCCAAUGUCUUAUUCGAAAUGUUUUGUCAAAUGCUGUGUUAACUCUAAGCACAGUUCAAGUUAUCAUCAAAAAUUUGGAGCGGAUCAUUCCCACAGUGGAACUUCGAGCUAGAUACAUUAAUGAAUUGAUUUCAGACAUAAUGUAUCCUGAGUCUGAAGAGGAUGGACUCAAACUGCAAUUGGAAUUUCAGGAUAAGUUGAUCAACCUCAAAAAUGAUUUAGCUACCAUUUCAAGAAUGCAGGAAUCAGCUAUAGCAGAAAAAGAUUACUUACUGGCCGAAAAUUUAGAGAAAAAAAUGGAAAAUAUGAAUUCUUUAGUCGAAAGUCUCAUCAAAGAGAAAGAUGCUACUCUUGAGCAGCCAGCAUCAGUCAAAAAAAGUGAUAAAGCUACUCUAGUGAAAUGUUUGGACAUAGCAGCUGGACUUCUAUUGUCGCCUGAAAUCACAAAAAUGACUUCUUCAUUGGAAACAUUAAAAAGGGAUACUAUUUACAAUCUGAUUAUGCAUGAGAAUCCGAGCGUUCAAGCCAAAGCCAUGCGUUGCUAUGCUUUGCUUUGUAUAAUUGACAAAAAAACUGCAAAUGAUGGGAUCCACUUAUUUUAUGUUCCUAUCUCUGCUUAUCAAUCUGAACAAGAAUGUGACAUUCAGAUUCUUCUGGUUUGUAUCAGUGCAAUAGUUGACCUUUUGAGGGGAUUUGGUACUCAACUUAUUGCUGCACCUGAAGAAAAAUCCGAUCUGUCUGAAAGUCAAAGGGAAGAUCAUCAACGUCAUUUCUUUGGGGGUACUUCCUUAACCAAUAUCAUUCAAGCAUUAGUAGAUUUGAUGGAUGAUGAGGAAAUACAAAUACAAGAAACUGCAGGACAUGGAUUAUGUUGUCUUGUCUUGAGUAAUAUAAUACAGUCUCCAUCCUUACUUUCAAGAUUGGUGUUGAAAUGGUGCAAUCCCUAUGAUCAAUCUCAGAAACUCAAGCAAAUCAUUGGUGUGACUUUCCAACAACUAUCUCAGGUAGCAGGGUUUCAUCGACAAUGGGAAAACACCAUCCUCAUCACUCUUAAAUCUCUUAUUUAUACCCCUAGUGAUAGUCCAUAUGCGACAAUAGACGUUGAUAGCAUUGCCAAAUUUUUAGUUGCUUUAUUAGAAGUUAAUUUGGAGGAUGAAGAAGUAUUGUAUAAUUUUGCAAUGAGAGUAUGUCAAGAAAUACGAAAUAAACCAAGAUCCAAGCAAGUACUUACAUUUUCAAAAAUUUUAAAUAUGCUGCAUCUAACUGUUGAAAAUUCUGUUAUUGAUGAAUUAUUAACUACAUGUGAUGAACUUCGAUAUCUAAUUCAUAAUAACAAAGCUACAACACUACAAAUUGUGAAGUUUAUGGGAAAACUCAAUCUAAUAAAAGGAUAUCAAGGUCCUAGAGCUGUAAGUGCGAACAAUAGUGACGAAAGUGAUGAUGAUAGUGAUGUGCAAUGUACUGAAGUGCCAGCAAUUGGAGAAGAGGAUGAAGAUGAAGAGUGAAUACCUGGAAACACUUUAUAUAAAAAUUAAAUUACUUGGAAAUUUUUUAUUUCAUAAUUUUAUCUGUAUUAUUUUCAAAGUAUUGUAUAUAAUGGGAGAGAGAAAUUUAUUUAGUAAAUUACAAUGGGCUAUCGACCAAAAUCCUUCAGACCCUAGAUCACAAUUUUGCAUUUACAUAAUUUUUUCGACUUUUAUAUACAGUAUAAAAUUAAGGAAUGUCUUAUUCACCCUGAGCACCAGGAAUUUAGAGUAAGCUUGUGUGGAGAUUGUUUAGCCAUAGAGAGAUAUAGAUGAUUUGCUAAGCUUUAAGCUUAGUCUCUAUUUUUUGAACAAUAUAUUUGUUUUAUCAACUCUGAAAGUUUUCUAUUGUCUUGUUCAGAUUUGAAGCAUAAAACUUAUUAUAGAUGAACUGUUAACUUUCAGAAUGGUUGAAGUCCAAGAAUGAUGCAGGGUUGAAAAAGAAGUUACUUUUAAAAUGAACAACUAUCUCCCAAAUACUUGUAGAUACUCAGUUAUUUCAGAGAAUUUUUUAUAACAAUAUUGAAAUAUUUUACAUUUAAAAUGUUAUUUAUCAACAUAUAUAUUUUCAUAACAAAUAUAAAUUGAAACUGA